AUGUCUGACCAGGGUUCAGAAACCUCAGAACGACGUGUUAUGCCUCACAUCCGACUGAAUUCGGGCAGCCAGGACCCGUUCAUCAAAACUAAUGAGGGCUACACGCCGCUCAACACGCGGGUAUUGCCGCGGCCGCUGACGCCGGCUCCCGAUCUAGGCAUGGCAGUGGGUGCUCAGGGCAUGUCGCCGUAUGGCGCUGCCAUGGCGCCGGAAUCCUCAGAGUUCCUGCUGCCACCCAAGCUGCGGCCAACACAGGGAGUCGACUCGGAGCGGCCACGAUCACCCGACCGUUGGUCCGCGGGUCGCUCGAGUAUGAGCUCAAUCAGUCGGGAUAGUGCGUUUGUAUUCAGCCCAUGCGAGGACUCGCGGGCACCAUCACACUCUGAGAGUGACGAAUACGAUGUCAACACGCAGACGGUGUCGGAGAAGUUCAAUAUUAUGCCGACAGAUGGCCUGCUGUUGUUCCCUGAGGACGUGGAGAAAGACGACUAUCUGCAUAAUCCAGACCCAGCCGACAAGGACCGCGACUGUGAUAUCUGCAAUCGACGAGGGAUCGUCAACGUCGGUGGCCUCGCUUUCUUGACAUUAGGCAUUCUGACCCUAUUCAUCGGCUAUCCUGUCAUAACGUGGGUCAAGGGAAUGCUGAGUCCGGAAGGCAACUGCAAACCUGGCGACACCCUAUGUUUGGAUGUGGGCGAGCGGCCAUUGUUGAAUAACAUUCGAAAGGGCUUGAUUGACCCUGACACACCGAAAGAAGCCAUGACCAAAAUAUCUGAGGAUGGCAAGGAGUUGAAGUUGGUGUUCUCGGACGAGUUCAACAUGCCUGGUCGCACGUUCUAUGAUGAUGACGACCCGUUCUUCCAAGCCGUCGACCUCUGGUAUGGUGUCACGGCUGAUAAAGAGUGGUAUGAUCCCGACGCAGUGACUACGACCGAGGGAGUCCUCCAGCUCCGCUUCGACCACUUCGAGAACCACGAGCUACAAUACCGGUCCGGCAUGGUCCAGAGCUGGAACAAGCUUUGCUUUAAGGGUGGUCGUCUCGAAGCCAGUAUGUCACUCCCGGGUGACGGACACGUCGAAGGGUUUUGGCCCGGUUUCUGGGCAAUGGGCAACCUGGCUCGUCCUGGGUUUGCUGCAACAACAGAUGGCAUGUGGCCGUACAGCUACCACGACGGAUGCGACGCCGGUAUCACGCCGAACCAAAGUUCUCUGGACGGCAUCAACUGGCUGCCGGGCAUGCGUUUGCCUGGAUGUACUUGUCCUGGGUCUGACCAUCCGUCGCCUGGACAUGCGCGUAGUGCUCCGGAAAUCGAUGUGAUCGAAGGCAGCACUGCUCCAUUGGAUGGAAAGUCAGGACUGUAUGUCGGAAGUGCGUCACAGAGUUUACAGACGGCGCCAUUCGAUCUCUGGUACAUGCCUGACUAUGAUUUUGCCGCUGUCUACGAUCCCCGUGUCACGGAAAUCAACACUUACCGCGGUGGCGUCUACCAGCAAGCCCUGUCUGGGUUGACCAACCUGAAUACGCGGUGGUACAACGGCACAGAGUACCAAGUGUACGCAUUUGAGUACGACCCCGGCGCCAAAGGCCAUGUGACCUGGUUUGUUGGUCCCGAAAAAACAUGGACACUAGAUGGGCGAGCCAUUGGGCCGAACGGGAAUAUCGGACAGCGCAUGAUCCCGCUGGAGCCAAUGUCUCUGGUGAUGAACCUGGGCAUGGCAGACAACUUUGCGCCCCAGAACCACACCAUUCGCGAGUACAUGCCAGCGUUCCUGCGCUUUGAUUAUGUCCGCAUUUACCAGGACCCUGACGACGAGAGCGUCACUUGUGACCCGCCGGGCUACGAGACUACCGACUACAUCAAGGCGCACAAGAAGGCGUAUGAAAACCAGAAUCUGACCACCUGGGAUGAUGCUGGGUACCACUGGCCCAAGAACGACUACAUGCACAAGUGCUAG